GGGUUAUGUGAUCUCUUUGGCUUUAGGGAAUUACUCCAUACCAGCUCUGAGAUCUCCAGCUCAGCGAUGCCCCUAGGUCCCUGGAAGAGCUGCUUUUGGAUCGGGGGCCUCCUUUUGUGGCUCAGCGUUGGAAGUCCAGGGGAUGCACCUCCUACCCCACAGACAAAGUGUGCUGACUUCCAGAAUGCCAAACUUUUUGAAGGCACCGUCCUCAAAGUCCAGUUUCUCCUCUUUGUCCCUUCGAAUCCUAGCUGUGGGAAGCUAGUAGAAGGAAGCAGUGACCUCCAAAACUCUGGGUUCAAUGCCACUCUGGGAACCAAACUAAUUAUCCAUGGAUUCAGGGUCUUAGGAACAAAACCUUCCUGGAUUGAUAAAUUCAUUAGAACCCUUCUGCGUGCAGCGAAUGCUAAUGUGAUUGCCGUGGACUGGAUUCAUGGAUCUACAGGGAUGUACUUCUCAGCUGUGAAAAAUGUGUUUAACUUGAGCCUCGAGAUCUCCCUUUUCCUCGAUAAACUCCUGGUGCUGGGCGUGUCAAAAUCCUCAAUCCACAUCAUUGGUGUUAGCCUGGGGGCCCACGUUGGUGGCAAAGUGGGACAGCUCUUCAGAGGCCAGCUUGGACAGAUCACAGGUCUGGACCCCGCUGGACCUGAGUACACCAGGGCCAGUGUGGAGGAGCGCUUGGAUGCCGGAGACGCCCUCUUCGUGGAAGCCAUCCACACAGACACUGACAAGUUGGGUAUUCGGAUUCCUGUCGGACACGUGGACUACUUCGUCAAUGGAGGCCAAGACCAACCUGGCUGUCCUACCUUCCUUCACGCAGGUUAUCACUAUCUACUCUGUGAUCACAUGAGGGCUGUGGACCUCUAUAUCAGCGUCCUGGAGAAUUCCUGUCCACUGAUGGCCUUUCCCUGUGCCAGCUACAAGGCCUUCCUUGCCGGACACUGUCUGGAUUGCUUUAACCCUUUUCUGCUUUCCUGCCCAAGGAUAGGACUGGUGAAACAAGGUGGUGUCAAGAUAGAGCCGCUCCCCAAGGAAGUGAAAGUCUACCUCCUGACCACUUCUAGUGCACCGUACUGCACGCAUCACAACCUGGUGGAGUUUCACAUGAAGGAACUGAGAAACAAGGACACCAACAUCGAGGUUACCUUCCUUAGCUGUAACGUCACCUCCUCGGUUAUGAUCACCAUCCCUAAGCAGCAGUGGCAGGGGAAAGGAAUCAUAGCCCAUGCCACCCCGCAGUGCCAGAUAAACCAAGUAAAAUUCAAGUUGCAGUCUUCCAGUCGAGUUUGGAAAAAAGACUGGACUACCAUUGUUGGGAAGUUCUGCACCGCUCCUUUGCCUGUCCAUGACAGUAAAAAGAUGGUCUGCUUACCUGAACCAGUGAACUUACAAGCAAGUGUGACUGUUUCUCAUAAUCUGAAGAUAGCCUGUGUAUAGUUUAACCUGGGCAAGACACAUGUCCCUGCAUUUUUUUCUCUGAGGGAGCUGUGAUGAGGGAUGUGUGCGUGCAGCUUACUGUAGACCAUUACUACUAAGGAGAAAGGCAAAGCUCUUUCUUAUUUUCCCCAUAAUUAGCUAUCCUGGAGGGGAGGAAGAACUCAUUUGACAGAACUUGGUUUCCAUUGCUCGUCUUCUGUACAUACCCAUUUGAGCUUUCCUAUGCAUACUUAACUGCAGUUGCUUCAUCUCCUUGGGCAUCUGUACUUAGGAUUCAAUAGAAACGUUUAUAGAAUAAAGAAUUUUUUAAGAAUAAAACUUCAUGGAGUA